AAGGUGUUUGAGACCAUACUGGAAGAGACUGGCAAAUUGAGGGAAGGAACCAAUGAAGAUAUGUCUAUCGCAAAAGCCAUUGCAAUUGUUAUGGAUAGAAAUCCACAGUUGAGGCAAGAAGGGAUUGCUCAUGAAGUUCUUCAGUGGUAUUUGUGCCGUAUGGAGGGUUGGUUUGCCACUGACGCAGAUUCAAUUUCACUACAGGGCUGGGAUCAGGAGGUGCUGCUUCCAGGUGGCCAUGGCCUCAUGGUUCGUGGAUAUCGUCCAGUUAUAAAUACUCUUGCAAAAGGCUUAGAUAUACGUCUCAACCAUAAGGUUUUGGAAAUUGUUCGCCACCGGAACAGGGUAGAGGUUACUGUAAGCAGUGGCCAAACGUUCGUUGCGGACACUGCAGUGGUCACUGUUCCGUUGGGUAUCUGGUACGGUUUCUUCAAAGAAAUUGAUGCCAAGAAGAAGCGUGGAGGUCUUGAAGAUCUGGAACUGCAGGUGCAGAAUGCUAUUGCAGCAGCAGCAGCUGCAGCUCCACCCAAGGAAAGCAAUAGUGUCAGCAGCAACGAUCCUGGCAGCUCGUCCUCUGUGAUUUUUCCGUCUGGUCCAGCUGAUCAAGUCCCUGUUCCUGCUACCUCUCCAGAAAUUGAGCCCCGUUUUGCAAACCAAAUCCCUGCUGCUUCUUCGAAGGUUAAGGCACCAUGCCUGGCAGAUUCUCAGAUUGCAGAUUCUGUUUGA